AUGGAAGGGAAUAUGCCCGCCCAGGCCUGUCAACCCGUCUCUGAGACGGUAUCAAAGGACGGCCUGGUGAUUCCAAUCAUUGACUUCGCACCCUUCUUAAACGGAACCCCAGCUGAUAAGCAUGCCGUUGCCAUGUCGGUCGUGGACGCAUUCAAAACAUCAGGCUUUCUCUACCUGAAAGACCACGGCAUCCCGCCCUCCGUGGCAACCCGAGUAUUCAAGUCAUCUGCGACAUUCUUCGCCCGACCUCAGGAGCAAAAGGAUACGCUGGGUUGGACGACCCCGCAGGCGAACCGUGGUUACGUUAGGACUGGCCGAGAGAAGCUGAGCACGGUCGACGAUCGUUCCGACCUGGUAGAUCGUCGCGCGAUCCCAGACAUGAAAGAAAGCAUGGAGAUUGGGCGCGAGGGCGUCGAGGGCCUUCCGAACCGCUGGCCAGACCAUCUAGACCAUGAGGGGAAAGACUUUAAAGAUGUGAUGCUCUCGUUCUUUGCCAUGUGCAAGGAGCUGCAUAUCCAGGUGAUGCGGGCCAUUGCACUGGGAAUGAAUUUGCCGGUUCAUUUUUUCGACGAAUAUGUGGACCGAGGUGAUAACAACCUGCGUCUGUUACAUUACCCUGCUGUUCACAAGGAUGUCUUCAAGAUGAACCCGGGGCAAGUCCGCGCGGCGGAACACAGCGACUACGGUUCUAUAACUCUUCUUUUCCAAGACCAACGCGGUGGACUCCAGGCGUGUAGCCCGGAGGGGACAUUUGUCGAUGUGACUCCGUUCACCGAUACAGUGGUUGUCAAUGCAGGUGAUCUGUUGGCCCGAUGGAGCAACGAUACUAUAAAGAGCACAAAGCACCGGGUCAUCGAACCACCAAAGGUGUAUGGUGAGGAUGAUGAUGGCUCCGAUAUGUAUCCGGAGCGAUAUAGCAUCGCAUACUUCUGCAAUCCUAAUAUGGAUAAGUUUAUUGAGGCGAUUCCGGGCACAUACGGAGAAGGAGCGGAUAUCAACAGGGCUAAGUAUCCAGGCAUCACUUCUGGGGACUACCUGGUACAGCGUCUCUCUGCGACGUACUAA